UUACAAUGUACUGAGCUCUGUCUGUAGCUGGUCUUUCCUGACAUGGAACAGAGCUUCUGUUGUUGAACAAACCUUCUCAUUAACACAUGAUGUCAAUUGAACCUGCUUGAUAUACAGAGAAAGUAACAGCUUUACUACUCCGGUACACUUUUUCUUUUUUCAAAAGACUUUCUGUGUUACUGUUACCAACUUGGCAUUCUCGUUGUUUUCUUGCUGAUUCACCGGGAGGAUUAUAUUGUUCAUUUCCUUUUUGUCUUCUCUUAAGUUAAAUGAAUGUGUGAGUAAAGAAGGAAAGAAAGCCAGAAAAGAGAAAACGGCAGUUUUACAACACCUGUGCAGCAGAUCUCCUAUAGAAACAACGAAAACAAGACGGUCUGAAAAAAAAAAGUGGUUGUAAAGAAGUUGCAGGUGUUCUUAUUCCCCUUCAUGGGAAAACUUGCCCUAUCCACUGAAAAGGACUGGCUCAGCGGCAUGCUCACGGAGUCCCUGACAAACCUGCUCAGUUUUACUGAAGCCCUGGUGUGCAGAUGCAUUGAGGUCUAGACAGAGCGUGCGAGGAUGGGGAAGCAGAACAGUAAACUGCGCCCUGAGGUGCUACACGACCUGCGGGAGAACACCGAGUUCACAGACCACGAGCUCCAGGAGUGGUACAAAGGCUUCCUCAAAGACUGUCCCACUGGACACCUGACUGUUGAAGAGUUCAAGAAAAUCUAUGCAAACUUCUUCCCUUACGGAGAUGCGUCCAAGUUUGCAGAGCACGUGUUCCGCACCUUUGACACCAACGGAGACGGGACUAUAGACUUCAGGGAGUUCAUCAUUGCACUCAGUGUCACGUCUCGGGGGAAACUGGAGCAGAAGCUGAAGUGGGCGUUCAGCAUGUAUGACCUUGACGGGAACGGGUACAUUAGUCGGGGAGAAAUGCUUGAAAUAGUACAGGCAAUUUACAAAAUGGUGUCCUCUGUGAUGAAGAUGCCAGAAGACGAGUCCACUCCAGAGAAGCGCACAGACAAGAUCUUUCGACAAAUGGACGCAAACAAUGACGGUAAACUUUCUCUUGAGGAGUUUAUUAAAGGUGCCAAGAGCGACCCUUCCAUUGUGCGUUUGUUACAGUGCGACCCCAGCAGUGCAAGUCAGUUCUGAUUGGACAUCUCAUCUGUCUGGACACUUUCCAGUGAACCACUGGCUUGUGCAUUUCAGCUUUGCUUGCAAAUGCCUUUUCAAUCAUUCCUAGGUCAUUGGUGGACACACAUUCAUUGCCACAUUCUGCCGUUUUUUUUUCUUUUUUCGUUUUUUGUGUAUAAAAGGGGAGCAGCAUUGCGCUUAACUUAUGCAACGGUUUUAUUUUAGGAUGACUUUUUUUUUUUUUUUUUUUAAACCCAGUUAUAAAUAACUUUGUUCUGUACGGCAGCUUAUUUUAAGUAAACUGUUAUUGUUUCAAAUAAGCUCUUUUAACUAGUUGUAAACAUAAGUAGCAGUUGAAUGUGAGGCUGUCCAUUUCGAGUUGCUGUUUUUAAAGACAAGAAGCACCUACUGGAGAACGGUAGACCUGUUUGGCAAAUUCCAACUGAAUGUAGGGAAGAUCUGAAAAGAUGCAUUGAAUUGAUUUGAUAUCUUUUCUUUAGCAGGCUUGCUUGCUUGUAUGUAAAUGUACGUUUCCGAAUGUCUUUGCUUGUAUUGUGAAGUAAACUUAUGAAUGCAAUUAUAGUUGUGAAGGUCAAUUUAAAAAAAAAAAAUAAUUAAAAACAAGUAUUUUGUUUCCAGUACUGCUUCAAAGUGCUUUUUAUUUUUUUGUGAUGCUUAAUCACUAUUGACUUUGCAUGGCAACCAUAGUUUUGUGGAUAUCUUUUUAUUGAUUUAAGUAUUGAAUGUACAAUUUUAGUAAAAUCAAAAAUGGAAGUUAUUAUUUAAUAUAUAAUUCAUAUUAAUAUUGUUAUUUGAAUUCUUAAUGUUCCUGACCAAGAAGGCUCAGGAUUAAUGUAUAUGGUUUAGUGAAAAGUGACCUUUUCAUUGGUGCAUAGUAUAACUAAUUACUGGAUGAUAAGACAGAAUUUGUUGUAUCCUUUUGCAAAGUCUCUACAUAUAUUACUGUCCAUAUGUUUAUAAUGAACCUUGUGCAUUCCAGUGUUACUUGAUAUUAUUUUCAUCUGCCUACUGCCAAGAAAUGUAAUUAAAAAUAAAGUCUACCUUUUUCUUGUGA